GCAUGUCGUUAUCUUAGGCUUCGCAGACGCAUUGCAGAGACUGGAGAGUGAUGUUUUGAUUGUAUGUCGAGUGUAGCAGUUCGUCUCAUUAAAACUGACUGGAGACGUGAAAUAUGGUGAAUCAUUCAAUUGCGGAUAACCCUAUUAUGGGUCAUCCGCCUCAUUAUCUACACGAAUUACCCGUAGAAGAUGAGGAGAGGUUGGAGAACUUAUUUAAAACGUUGGACACUGACGGAAAUGGAAAAAUUGACAUUCACGAUCUCUCAGCAGCUCUGAAGGAAUUCGGUGUCCACCAGAAAUAUGCCCAGAAAUUUUUGGAACAUUCUGACCAAAACAAAAGUGGAGAUAUCAGCUUAGCUGAGUUCAUCCACUAUGUAAGGGAACAUGAGAAGAAUCUGAGAUUACAAUUCUCAAGCCUGGAUAAAAAUAAAGAUGGUCGAAUUGACGUUGAAGAACUGAUCAAAGCAUUUAAAGAAUUGGGUGUCGAGAUAGAGGCAAAAGAAGCCACCAAAUUAUUACAAAGGAUGGACCAGGAUGGAAGCCUCAACAUUAGUUUUGAUGAAUGGAGGGAUUUCCUUUUGUAUGCUCCAAGCACUGACAUCUUUGAGCUCAUCAAGUAUUGGAGACAUGCUACGUAUCUCGAUAUUGGAGAGGAUAUGAGCGUACCAGAUGACUUCUCACAGAAGGAGAUGAACACAGGGAUGUGGUGGCGCCAUCUUGUAGCUGGAGGAAUGGCAGGAGCAGUUUCACGGACAUGUACUGCUCCUCUUGAUAGACUGAAAGUUUACCUCCAGGUCCACGGAUCAAAACAAACAAGCAUGAGGUCAUGCUUAAACCAUCUCUUUAAGGAAGGAGGUUUUUGGAGCUUUUGGAGAGGCAAUGGGAUAAAUGUUGUUAAGAUUGCUCCAGAAUCUGCUAUUAAGUUCAUGGCUUAUGAACAGUGUAAAAGACUAAUCCGAGGAAAUAAUACUCGUGAACUUUCGAUCUAUGAAAGAUUUGUAGCUGGAUCUCUUGCAGGUGGCAUAAGCCAGACUGCAAUAUACCCACUAGAGGUGCUGAAAACAAGAUUAGCUUUACGUAAAACUGGCCAAUAUAAAGGAAUAGCAGACGCAGCCAAAAAGAUCUACAAGAAAGAAGGACUAAGGAGCUUUUACAGAGGCUAUGUUCCUAACUUACUAGGAAUUAUUCCAUAUGCAGGAAUCGACCUUGCUGUGUAUGAGACACUCAAGAACACAUACCUUCGCAAGCACAAUGACGGGUCAACGCCAAGUGUCCUACUACUUCUAACUUGUGGGACUAUUUCAAGUACGUGUGGGCAGGUUUGCAGUUAUCCACUAGCACUUGUUAGGACAAGGUUACAAGCACAAGUUAUAACCACUGGCAAUGGGUCUGCUCAUGCUCACAAUGGAACUAUGUCAAGAGUAAUCCGGACAAUAAUCCAAGAUGAAGGCUUCCUAGGACUGUACCGUGGAAUAACACCCAACUUUUUGAAAGUGGCACCUGCCGUCAGUAUUAGUUAUGUUGUUUAUGAAAGAGUUCGUCAGGCACUAGGAGUGAACAUGACGUGAUGCCAUCUUGCUUUAGGAAUUGUUUAUUUAAAAUUUACAAGAGUCCUAAAGACCACAUGGUCCUGACUGUUGAUAGAUCCGUCAUAAUUUAUUUGUGGUUGUAACUGAAAAACUACAGUUACAGUUAAUCUGUGAUUCUGAGUAUUUCUCAAAUUUUGUGAAAGUGAUAGUUCUUUUUUAAUAAUGUUUACAAGACAUUUGUCAUUAUUUGUAUAUGAUGUAUGAGUUCUGUGUAUGUGUAAUUUUCUUGUGUCCGGAUAAAUACCUUUCUUAAUAAGUCUUUGCCAAAAAAGGUGUUUUCCUUAGCAAGUAUUUUGGUUUUGUGUGUGUGUGUGUGUGUGUGUGUGUGUGUGUGUGUGUGGGCGCGCGCGCGCGCGCGGUCGCGCAUGUAAGACAUACAAUUCUGUAACAGAAAUGUUGUUUAAUGAUUAAUCAGUAUUGAGUUUUCUGGGAAUUAACUUAAAAUUUGAGAAGUUCGUUCAUCUUUAGGGAAUCCAGUACAAUUGCCAGACUAAUAUUACUCUUAAAAUUGCAUUUUCUCCAUAAAUGAUUCAAGAGACUAAAUACAUCUUGAUUGAAACUCUAAAGAAUGGUCUAGAUCCAGACUAUACUUUCUAGAGCUAUUACUUACUGAUGGUUGAGGUAUGUGUCAGGUAAUUGACACACUAUACUCUGAAUCUCAUCAUGUUACUUUGUCUUGUGCAUGUUCUGUUAAAUUAUAUACAUUCCGUUUGUCUGUGCCUGUCAGGAUUUAUUUUACUGUAUUACUGCUGCUGUGUCAGUAAAUUGUUUUCAGCAGUACUCUUUUUUUUUUCUUCACUAAGUCUUAGUAAAUUUCUGUAUCAGUAUUUACAACACACGAAAAUUGUUGGCAUAAAAAAUAUGCAGAAGCAUUUUGGUUUGUGUGUCAUUGCUGCUCCAUAUGAAAGAGCAACAAAAUAUUGCAAAUAGGAAAUGGAUAAUUUUAUAUUGGAACCGUGCUAUCCAUUAUUUUUGUGAAAUUUUUGAUGUAUUUGUGAAUGUGAGAGAAAAGGACACAUUGGAUGACAUUCAUCAAAUAAUGCAAUUAUGAAGCAAAAAAUUUGUGUUACUUGCUACAGACAUUAUUUAAAGUUGUUGAAUGAAAGACUUAAAAAAAAAGACACUGCAUUGGCAUAAAUAAAAUUCCCAUACUGUACUGUAGAAAUUAUAACUAUUAAUGGGCCAGAAGUGACAAAGAAGUGGUUGACGAGCAAUCUCGGGCUUUUAGAAACAAAACAUUAUCAAAUGUGAGAGAAGAGAGGAAAUGGUGGCAGAGGUGCAAGUGAUACCUUUUUUCAAAAUAGAAAAAAGAUAGGAACAAAUUUUGGGUCAGGGGCUAAUUGCAGAGUUCAAAGUAUUAAAUGGUUUGUUAAACAAUGACAGCUUAGAAAAUGACAGUGUCAUUGUAGGGAAACUAGGAAAUAGAAAUCAAUGAAUAAAUGUUUGUGUAGGAAGAACCAAGCAAAAAAUUAAAACAAUAAACUACUUCGAAAAAUAAGGUUAAAAACCCAAGUAAAAAAUUGAAGAGGGGCAAUGAAAAAAGAGUAGGUCGGAGAUAAAAGGAAUAAGCCAACAGUAAUUAUGUGUUGAGGGGUAUAGGCAUUAUGAAAAGAUCUGGAAGUGUAGAGAAGGAACAAGAGACCCAGUGGGAAUAAAUUACCAUGGGAUCAGCUGAGAUAAUCAGCAAGUGCAAAGUUUGCUUUGGAGUAAUCAAAUCAAUCUACUGAAAAUUUUAUUGCAUUUGGCAUGGCUUGCUGAAUAAAUUAGGGAGAGGUUCCUGCUUUUAAUGUCACAAAGCACAGUUUGCAACUGGCUACUGUUUUUCACAGUAUACAGUAUUGAUUUGCACUCAUUAUUUAAAAUUUUAUUUUGAGUGUACUUGUGUCUUAUAGUUGUCUUGUGUGUCACAGUAAUGCAGAGAUACUCCAUCUCAGGGGAAGACGUAAUUCCUUAAAGUGUUCUGAAGUGCCCAGCACUGACAUGAUCAAAACAAAGUAAUACCAAAGAGUCCAUGUGAGUGGUAAAAUAAUAAUUUAAUUUAGCUUACACUGUAGACUUCAAACUACAUGAACCAUUUGGUGUCUUUGCUUCAGAAUCGUGCAGUGCCAAAUAGUUGAUACAGCAUUGCUUGGUACAGACCAUCUUCCUAUGCUUAAUGUAGGUUGGGUUCUAGCUGGCUUUCCUCUCCCUGUUAUUAAGUAAGCUCAAAUUUCGACAUACGUUAUGACUACAGUCUCUGCCAGCUGGUUGCUUGGGCACUCUAAUUCCUGCAGCAUUUGUUCUGUCAGUAGUUCUUGUUUACAUUCUGUAAUAUGCCCCUUAAAGACCCAAAAUUAGAAGUUUGUCAGAUGCCGAUCUGCUACCUGUGCUAUUGUUUGAUCUGUCCAUUUUGAUGAGGCUGUGUAUUUAGCAAAGUUUAAAAUUUGUCUUAACUGAUACUAGGUACCUCAUUUUCAGAGAAGAAAAAGUAUGGGCAUUUUAUUAAUGCUAAUACAUAAUUUGUUAAUGACUCUGAAAACAUUUCUUGACAAUGGGCAUCAUGAGAAAGCUAUAUGCAUUUUGUUUAUCCCAGAAAACAUGUAAUGGAUGUACUGCUGAAAUUUAUUGAGACUUGUUAUACAUGACAUGUACAUUCCUAACAAAAGAAAUUGUUUGUGAAUAUAAAAAUGCAUUUCUGACUUUUUAAUUGUCUAACAGUCAUGUUUUAUGAAUCUGUGAUGUAAAUUCAA